AUGAAACAAACAGUAUCAGCGCUGAGUGGCUGUAAUCUAUCAGAGAGAAGCUGUGAAGCUCUGUCCUCAGUUCUCAGCCUCAAGUCAUCUAGUCUGAGAGCACUGGACCUGAGUAACAACAAACUGAAGGAUUCAGGAGCGAAGCUGCUCUCUGCUGGACUGGAGAGUCCACACUGCACACUGGAGACUCUCAGGCUGAGUGGCUGUAAUCUGUCAGAGAGAAGCUGUAAAGCUCUGUCCUCCGUUCUCAGCUCCCAGUCCUCUAGUCUGAGAGAGCUUGACCUGAGUAACAACGACCUACAGGAUUCAGGAGUAAAGGUGCUCUCUGCUGGACUGGAGUGCCCACACACUACACUGGAGACUCUCAGGCUGUGUGGCUGUAAUCUGUCAGAGAGAAGUUGUGAAGCUCUGUCCUCAGUUCUCAGCUUCCAGUCUUCUAGUUUGAGAGAGCUGGACAUGAGUAACAAUGACCUGCAGGAUUCAGGAGUGAAGCUGCUCUCUCCUGGACUGGAGAGUCCACAUUGUACACUGAAGACUCUCAGGCUGUGUGGCUGUAAUCUGUCAGAGAGAAGUUGUGAAGCUCUGAUGUCAGUUCUUGGCUCCCAAUCGUCUAAUCUGAGAGAGCUGGACCUGAGUAACAACCUAAUGCAGGACUCAGAAGUGAAACUGCUCUCUGCUGGACUGGAGUGUCCAGACUGUACACUGGAGACUCUCAGGUUGAGUGGCUGUAAUCUGUCAGAGAGAAGCUGUGAAGCUCUAUCCUCAGUUCUCUGCACCCCAUCCUGUAGUCUGAGAGAGCUGGACCUAAGCAACAACGACCUGCGGGAUUCAGGAGUGAAGCUGCUCUCUGUUGGACUGGGGAGUCCACACUGUGCAUUAGAGACUCUCAGGCUUUCAGGAUGUCUUAUCACAGAGGAAGGUUGUACUUCUCUGGCCUCAGCACUGAGAUCCAACCCCUUCAGUCUGAGAGAGCUGGACCUGAGCUUCAACCAUCCAGGAGACUCAGGAGUAAAGCUGCUGUCAGCUGGACUAGAUACACUCAGGUAUGAACAG